AUGGAAGCAGAGCUGACUGUCAACAGCACUUACAUUUUUAAUGACAUACAUCCCUGUUAUGAAUCAAAUAAUGCAACUUACAUAUUUACAAGCAAACCUUCCAUACUAUGUGUUUUAGUAUAUAUUUUCCUUAGCUUAUUGUCUGUUGCUACAAUAUGUGGAAACCUUCUUGUUAUAAUCUCUAUCAUUUACUUCAAACAGCUGCACACUCCUACUAACUACUUGAUCCUCUCUCUGGCUGUGGCUGACCUGCUUGUAGGAGUUUUAGUUUUUCCUUUCAGCAUGGCAUUCACUGUAACCUCAUGUCUUUAUCAUGAGGAUUUAUUCUACAGAUAUUACGCAGUUUGUCAGCCCCUGACAUACAGAAGUAAGAUAAAUGUUCACAUUACUGUGAUCAUGAUCCUGGUGUGCUGGAGUAUCUCUGCUCUAAUUGGGAUCGCUAUAAUAGUUGCAGGGUUCAGCCAAGGAACAUGUGAAGAAAUGUGCUCAGUUGAUGUUGUAAUGGCAAACACUAUGGGACCUGUUUUCUCUUUUUACCUUCCUGCAUUCAUAAUGCUCUGUAUCUACCUAAAGAUUUUCCUUGUUGCUCGGAAACAGGUGAACAGCAUCCAGAGCACAAAGUAUGGAGCAACUGUCAGUAAAAGGGAGAGAAAGGCCACAAAAACUCUGGCUACUGUUUUGGGAGUUUUUCUUUUAUGUUUGACUCCUUACUUUCUAUGCAUUGUUUUCCAGCCUUUGUCUUAUAAUCCACCACCCAUCCCUGUGAUUGAGACACUUAACUGGCUUACAUUAUCAAACUCAAUGCUGAAUCCAUUAAUCUAUGCUUUCUUUUACAGCUGGUUCAGAUCAGCUUUCAGAAUGAUCAUUUCUGGGAAAAUAUUCCAAGGGGAUUUUGCUAACUCCAAACUGUUUUGA